AUGGCUUUCGGUAUGGCUUUCAGGACAGCACUGCUGUGCCUUCUUGGCAUGCUGAUAGCUUCCCCUGCCAUUGCCGUUUCUGAUUCUGGUAUAUACUACCAGAUUGGUUUGAUGUGGCCGGGAGCAUACUGCGCGCAGACCACCCGCGGAUGCUGCAUGCCCAAGAGCCCUAUCGUGCCGGCGGCCGACUUCUACGUAUCGGGCUUUACCGUCUUCAACGCGACGACCGACGCCCCCGAGACCAGCUGCAGCGGCACUCCUUUCAACUCCGGCGAGAUUCUGGAAAUCAGCGGUCUGAGGCAGUUCUGGAGCAACAUCAAGUGCCCCAGCAACAACGGACAGAGCAGCUGGAAGAGCGCCUGGAAGACGUCCGGCGUCUGCUCCGGCCUCGACGACAAGGCCUACUUCCAAGCCGCGAUCGCCCUCCGUAGCAAGAUCAAUCCCCUCUCUCGCCUCGUCUCCAAAGGGAUCAAGCCGGACUUUGGCCUGUACAGCUUGGAGAAGAUCAAGAAGGUCAUCCAGGCGGGCACCGGCGUGACGCCGGUGAUCCAGUGCAGCAAAGGGCCGUUCGAUAAGUUCCAGCUGUACCAAAUCUUCAUCUGCGUGGCCGGGGACGCCAAAACGCUCAUCGAGUGCCCGAAACCGCAGAAAUUCACGUGCUCCGACGACAUCCUCUUCCACCCCUUCAAGAAGUGGAUGCUAAAGCAGGCCGCGUCCUCGGUGUCCUACGCCGAAGCAUUCGAGAUGGCCGGAGCUGUCAUGGGAUACUGA